GCAGUUCGUAGCGCAACGUUCGUCUCUCGGUUCCGUUUCAGUAUUAAAUGCUUAACAAAUUUCACGCCUAAAUGGUGCAAAAAUCAUGGAAUCUGCCCAAUGUAGGCAGCUUGGAGCCGGGCCCGGCCGGUGCACCGUGUCGCCUAUUGGGCUCGGUGCGUCUCACCUACACGCUGUGCGCCUUUCUCACCAAUGUCCUGCACAUGGGCAUGCGCAAUAUGCUUGGCCUGAUCAUAUUACGCAUGGUGAAGGCGCAUUCGGAGGAUGCACUGCUUCAGGCUGCUGCUUCCCAUAAGCUGGACAAUGUUACUGUCACGCCCAGCUGUGGCAGCGGCGUGUGGCAGCAACACAGUUACGAUGUUGUCCAGUCGGGCGAUCUGCCCUGGAGCCGCAGCCAGGCGCUUACAUUUCCCGGCGUAUUUUACUAUGGCUACGUUAUUGCCCUGCCACUGGCUGGACGCCUGACCGAUCGUUUUGGUGGCAAAAUGCUGUUUAUUAACUCGCUGACGCUGCAAGCCUUAGCAUACAUUGUGCUACCCUCGAUGGCUUAUUAUAGCUAUGCCGCUGCUGUCACUACUUUGGUACUUUCCGGCAUUUUUGCGGGCUGUGGCACACCGCCUUUGUAUCAACUGUUUGUUACCUGGGCACAUCCCACGGAGCGCACCUCGAUGCUCUCCUUCGCCUAUAGCGGCCUGAUUGUGGGUUCAAUUGGCAUAUACCCGCUGGCCAGUUAUCUUAGCGAUUUUGGCUGGACAGUACCAUUCUAUGUGCUUGGCAGUGUCUCCAUGCUGUAUGGCCUAAGUUGUAAUUGGCUUAUUUAUAAUAGCUUGGAACAGCAUCCACGGCUGACAGCUGAAGAGCGUGAGUAUUUGCAGCAGUUUGCGCAAAAGCCACAGCAUUUACGCAUACCCUGGCGAUCGCUGUUGACCUCUUUGCCCGUCUAUGCUUUUGUCCUCACCCAUGUCUUCCACAAUUAUACCUUUCUGGUAUUAUCGCUAGUAAUGCCACGAUUCAUGCGUGAGGCCAUGCAGUUUAAUCUGAAAGAGAUUGGACUACUAUCUUCGGCACCUUUUAUCGGCUCCCUGCUUUCGAAAGUAAUAUGUGUUUUCAGUUGUUCUUAUUUAGAGAGACGAUUGUUUGCCAAUCUCAGCUGCCUGCGUCGAGUUUUAUACACUGUCUGUUCCGGUGUAACAAUAAUUUUAAUUGGUAUCAUCAUAAUCGCGAGCUGUGAGCAAAAGACACUCGUUUUUCUUAUCUUUGUGCUGUUGGGAUCUACCACGGAUAUGGGCUUUAGUGGCGGCUACUGGCCUACUUUAUUGUACUUUGCGCCUUCUUUUGCUGGUCUGAUUUCAGGACUGGCCAACUGCCUUGGCCACAUGUCCGGAUUUGUGGCUCCCCAUGUCAUAGCCAAAUUUGUGCAUACCGGCAUCAAGUCCGAGUGGAAUUGUGUCUUACUAACGUUGAUCCUUUUUAAUGCACUGGCUAUAAUUGUGUUUGGCCUUUGCAGUAGCACAGCAUUACAGCCAUGGGAUCCUCGUAGCCAGACGUCGACAUCUCCAACAAAUGCCAACAAUUCUACUCGAGAAACGCCAAAUUAGGAAAAUCCACAGACAUAGUCAAUAAUUUAAUGUACAUAUUUUUUAAUCCGUCCAAAGUUUUGCGUUUUUGUAUUAUGUUAGCGUAUAUUUGCAAUAUAAUUUGGUCAUUGUUUUUAACUUUCUCUUUUUCACAUUUUAUUUUUGUCACUUA